GGCAACCAUUUUGACCAAUAUGAAGAUGGACAUCUGGAGAUUGAACAAGCUUCCCUGGACAAGCCAAUUGAAUCGCCCUGUUUUUAAAGCCAGGUUCGUAUUUCCACUCCACUUGUAUUAUCUUUUGGAAACUAGCAAUGCUUCCCCCAUUUUGUCUGUCUGUUUAUUUUUAUUGUUUUUGUUUUUAAUUUAACCUCUCUGGUAGAUCACGCGUAGUGACCUUUCCCCUCCGCCCUCACCGCAGCAGAGUGCCUCCCCUCUUCUGAUUAGUUGGCCUGUUCCUCCUCCUCAAUUUCAAGUUCACCUUGUCAAGGUCAUUUUCUAAGAUCAACACUUGCUUUUCAUAAUCCAUUAGGGUUCAAGUGCUUCUGUACUAGUCGUUUAUUGCUUACAGUAGUGUAAACACUAUUACAUUUUCUCCGACUGAUCAGUUGGUUAUAAAAACUAAGCAGUAUGUAAAAAAAAAUGUUGGGGUCGUUUUCAAAUGUCCGCACAGUAAAUUAGAAUAAUAAUUUAAUGUUUAAAUAACAGACCACCGAAUAUUAAUGCUUUAAAUAGUGUAUUAGAAUGCACACAAAAAAGAUUUAAAAAAAAAAAAAAAGACAAAAGUCAACUUAAAAGCACUGUUUAGGGGUAUGUGUGUAAUGGCAAUCGUACCCUUCCAAAAACCGUUUCUCAUCAUGGUAUAUGAGGGUUAUCGUUUCAUGUAAACCCUGACCAGUAAUACUUCCUAAUGUAAUGCUAUAGUUACGAGAAUGCAAUCUUUAAGCGCAGUGCCUUUUUGAUGCAGUUAUACGCCAUUGUGUACUGGAAUACAGUGACGGGGGAUGGAGGGGAGCUCUAUGCUCCAUAACUUAUGCAAUCAAGGGAACAACUCUUUAGUGUAACAAGCGUUACUAAGUUAUUCUCUGCAAGAAAGAAUUGGUAAAGAACAGCAGUUGUCCUUGUCUGACUUGACAUUUGUUUGGGUUAGCCGUGGAUCCUCCCCACGUAACAUUGUGUAAGAAGUUGUUUAACUGGCUAAAGUAAUGAUAAAGCAGUGAAACGGUUUUCCCAAGUGAGCUUCCUUUAACGCUUUAAAUGUCCUGCUGGUUUGUAAGUGACCCCCUUCAGGUUUUCCAUAGCCCCACGAGUAUAUAAUUUUAGAUAUUUCUUGGCCUAUUGACACUUUAACCGGGUGUUUCUGGCAGCCAUUACUAUAAUUUGUUUGUAACCUCUACAUCUCCCUUUCUCUCGUUCAGAGAGAGAUAUUGUAUGAAAUCAGUUCUUUUAGGGGACAAAGAUUUAUUUUAUCUUCCCUUCAAUUUUCAUGUGGUUGCCUAGGGUAAAUAGGAAAUGUUAAGGAUUUGUCUUAGCAGGUUUAAACAGCCAAGCUAAAACUCUGUCUGUCAUUAGUGGGAACUGAUUUUACACCUCCCCUUUGCUGUUAGUCUGCAAUGCGCUUCUGUGCAUAGGAAUGCAGAACAAGACUCCCUUCUAUGUCCUGCUCCAUUCCACCCUGCAGUAUGAGUCACCCGUACACCCCCCCUCCCUGUUUCUCUCCCUCCCUCCAUCUCACACUAUUGUUCUCUUCCCAUUCUUGGUGACUUCUAGUGCCUCCCCUACAUAAAAAAAAACGUUUCUCUUGUUAUCUGCAAUCAUUGCGCAGGGGCCUUGAACUAUAAAUGGUGAACUAGGCGACGUGUUUGCUGCAAGUGAGGAAACCGGGUCUCUGCGGUGAAUUGCAACAAACACUUUAUGGUUCUGUCUAUACAAUCUUCUAUUUAUCCUCAUUGUUUAGACAAAAGCCUUGUUCUAGAAAUGAAUCCCAAAUAUAGUAUCAAGUUGCUUUAUCCUUUUAUUAUUGCUCUGUUCCAAUACUGCCCCAUAUGGGAGAGGAGAACAGAGUAAGCUUGCCUUGUUUUACAAACCAAGUUAACUAGAUUCUCCAAAUCCUACUCCUUUAUUCCCUUUUAAAGGUUAGUCCAAGGUCGUCUUGACUUCUGUUAUGGAGGUGUAGCAGUUAAACUGAAAUCCAUUGUAGAAGAGAUGAGACACUCUGCUGGGGCCUAUACCCUCUUGCCUCUUUCUAUUUUUGCUUUGUCUCAUGCACUUAAAUAUCUUUGGCUGUUAACCCUGUCCUAGUCCGUCUCACCCUUUGCAUUAGAGGCUAUGCAAUCAUUCAUCACCUCCAAUUCAUAACCCUGAACGCACAGGCGUACCUCUCAGAUUUUUUUUUUAUCCCACUUCAUGAUUACUCUUACCAAUUAACACUAACAUUGAUGGUUUCUUCCUAAAAAUAACAUUUUGCUGCAUGCUUUAGUUGCGUAUGAGAGAACAACAACAACAAAAAAUGCCGAAAUUAAGAAAGCUAGUUAGAAGCCAAUCAGUACUUUUCAGGGUCUUGCUUCUGUUUUGGCUUCUGGUUCCCCACAAUUGUGUCAUUUGCAGUUUCUUUGGGAGCUGUAGUGUGCCAUCCCACACAGAACUAAAGAAAAUGGCAUUUGUUGAUGCAAAAUGUUGUAAACAUGACCUUCCCAAAAAACUCCUUUAAUUUGCAUUCGGGUACCAAAAAUAUGUGUUCUUAUUUGCAAUGACUGGAAAGGCAACUUGUUUGUUCCUUCUGCAAAAAUGAGUUACAUGUAAUUUAUUUAUAGGUUGUUUUUGGUCAUUGUAUUCUCAUAUAAUCACAAAUCCUCAGCAUGAGUUAUACCGAAGUUGUAUUUCAAAAUUGCUGCUCUUCACCCCAGGGAUUCACAGACACCAGCAUUCUUUGGUUCUCACUGGGAUGGCACCUUGUUUGUGGUCUAGGUGACGGAUACGUAGUUGUUUGCUCUCAGUCCUACUUUCUGUGUUUUCCAGUUUAAUGUUGAACUCCUAACCACGUAUGUCUCCACCACACUCCACGUUUUUAUUAUUUUGUUGCUGCAACAUACUUGCACUCAAUCAGAAUACAAUUUGAGAUCUAAUUCCAUCUCCAUUGUUUUUAAUAUGUAUUUGAGGGAGCACAGUUUGUCACCAUACACUAGCUUCUUAUUAUUUAGCCAGUCCUUGUAAUUAUUAUUAUUAUUUUGCAUGAUUGUCCUCUCUCACAAAUUCAGACACUGGUGAGGAACAAAUGGCAGGAGGGAGGGGGCAAAUUUUAUUACCGGAAUAUUUUCGUGUUUUUUUUUCCCCCCUUCCUUUCCUCCCCUUUCCUAUCAGGAUAACAUCGGACACCGCCUACUACAGAAGCAUGGAUGGAAACUCGGACAGGGCCUGGGAAAAUCUCUACAGGGCAGGACCGACCCAAUACCAAUCGUGGUCAAAUAUGACGUCAUGGGGAUGGGGCGCAUGGAGAUGGAACUUGACUAUGCAGAGGAUGCUACGGAGCGCCGGCGUGUUUUGGAAGUGGAAAAAGAAGACACCGAGGAGCUGAGACAGAAAUACAAGGAAUUUGUGGACAAAGAGAAGGCUAUAGCCAAGGCAUUGGAAGAGCUACGAGCCAACUUUUACUGCGAGCUUUGUGAUAAGCAGUAUCAAAAACACCAAGAAUUCGACAACCACAUAAACUCGUAUGACCAUGCUCACAAACAGAGGUUAAAAGACCUGAAGCAGAGAGAGUUUGCCCGUAAUGUGUCCUCUCGCUCCCGGAAGGAUGAACGGAAGCAGGAGAAAGCACUGAGGCGUCUUCUUGAACUGGCAGAACAGAGGAAGCAAGCAGAAAACAGUGCUCCAGGCAGUGGACCUAUGUUCAAACCUACCACCGUUGCUGUGGACGAGGAAGAUUUUGAAGAUGAUGAUGCACCCAGUGGAUCAAUUCCUAUUCCACAAGACAGUCCAAAGUCUGUACAGGAAGACAGGGUUCCUCAACCAUCUACUUCUUCAUCCACCCCUCCUUCUGCCCCAGCCAUUAGCUUUGGCUUUAAAAACUCAGUUAGCAUAUCAUCAUCCCUGCAGAAGGUGGGGUUUUCAUUCUCCUUUGCUAAGAAAACUCCACUUAAGUUAGAAUCCUCAGCUGCUGUAUUCAAAGAUGUUGGUGAAGAGAUUGGGUCAGCAGAGGAGGAAAAGGAGGAAGAGAAAGCACCACCUGAUUUUAUAAAUGUUCUUAAGGCUGUGGAGGGAGAGAGCAGCACAGGAAGUGAAAGCAAAAUGGAGGAAGAGGAGAAUCCGGUAGAUGAUGGAGCUUCCCUUGCAAGCACUUUAUCCAAACUGAAGAAGAUGAAACGUGAGGAGAGGGGAGCACAAGCAGGGGAACCAGAGUAUUAUCACUAUAUGCCCCCUGCUCAUUGUAAAGUCAAGCCCAACUUCCAGUUCUUGCUCUUUAUGAGGUCUACAGAGCAAACUCAAGCAGAGAAUGGGACGCCAAAAGAAGAGAAAAAGGUACCUUCCACCACUAAGCCUAAAGCUGAGAAAGCGAAAACGGAGAACAAGGUGGGGAAGAAUACAGUUUGUAAGGGGAAAGUAGGAGGAUCCCAGGUGAAGGACAACAAUACUUUGCCAAAACCGGCUAAAGCUGAGAAAAAGGACACUGCUGAAGAAUCUGAGAAACCUCACACUUCAAGCGAGGAGCCAAAAAAAGAAUCCUCCGCACCUGAAAAAGAACAGUCUGAGAAGCCCAAACAUCAAACUGGACCAUUUUUCCCAGUUUUAAGUAAGGAUGAGAGCACAACCCUGCAGUGGCCAUCUGAGCUCUUAAUUUUCACGCAAGCAGAGCCUUCUGUUUCUUACAGCUGCAAUCCUUUAUAUUUUGACUUCAAGCUUUCCAGAAAUAAAGAUGUGAAAGGCAAAGGCGUUGAAAAGCCUAAGGAUAACACAGGGCCAAACAAGGAAAGCCAUCUUUUUUCUGAACCAGCUAAACAGCUUGAUAGUACCAUAAAUAAAGAAGGCAGCACAGUAGUCCACACGUGUGGAUUGCAAACCAAAAAUCCCACUGUUGUCUCGGCAGACGGCAAGCCAGAGUCUCUUGAAGAAGAGAGCAAAGGAGAAACUGCUGGGAAGGCGCACAAGCACAAGAAAAAGAAAAAGCACAAGAAAAGUAGUAAGCGGAAACGGAAACAAAAAGAUGGAGAAGAGGAAGUAGGUCAAAAAAAUAAGAAAAGAAAAAAGCAUAAGCACAAGAAGUCUAAAUGUGCUUCCAAAGGAUCGGUGAAAGUAGAGGACGUUGAGUCAGGAGUGCCUGCAGUGGCAGGAACACAUACCAGAGAAUCCGCACCUCGGAAGUCACUUAGUAAAGAGGAAACGGCUACUUGUGUUCCCCCCAGCUCCAAACAAGACACACCGGUUUCUUCCAAAGAGCCUGAGAACAAAAAGCCCAAAGCAGAACCCAAACCAGCACCAUCACACCCCUCUUCCACUGCUCCAUCCUCUUCCUCACACAGACACACACCUGCCAAGGCUAGGAGCCGGAAUAGCAGUGUGGACUAUGACAGCGAGGAUGAUGCCUCCCCAAGCAGGAAGAAAUCCACAUCACGAUAUAGUGAUGACUAUGAUUCUACAACUGACCACUCGAGAAGCCGUUCAAGGUCAGGAAAGAGGCGGAGAUCCUACUCUUCAAGUUCUGGUGGCUCCUCUGAUCGAAGCCGUUACAGCCGCAACCGAAGUUAUUCAGACAGUGACUACAGUGAUUAUAGCAGUGGAUCAAGGCGGAGGUCAAAGCGCUCACCAGGCUCAGACUCUGACUCUGCAGCUUCCAAGAGACGUUCAACACGACAUAAAUAUUCCUCUUCGGAAUACAGCCGAAGCAGGUCGCGGAGUAGAAGUCGCUCUAGGGGCAGCAGAAGUCGGGGCAGAGGGCGCUCAAGCAGUAGUAGUCGUAGUCGCAGCAAAAGACGAAGUCGCAGCCUGACUGGCCACAGCUGGAAACGUAGCAGGAGCUACAGUAGAGACCGGAGUACAAGUGCUCGCAGCCACUCUGGAAAAGGAUCACAUGGGAGAGAUAGUGUGGACAGCCGUAGAGGUGGUAGACGGGAUUUCAACCGUUCCAAAAUUUAUCGUUCACAGUCCCCUCACUACAGUCGCUCAGGGAGCCGGAGGGAGGAAAGCCGCGGAUCUGAGACAAGAGGAGGUAGCAGCUCAAUCCUCUCUCGCCGUAGCACUGAAAAAGAUGUGGGCAGAUCUUCCUUAACAGCCAGGCAGCUGUUAGAGAAAAUACAGUCAAGGAGGCUAGAAAAAGCUGGAGGAACUGGAGAUGAUUGCAGCCCUGUUACUAAAGUUGGUGGGAAAGUAAAAGACCCUCCUCAGGGAUACUUUGGCCCUAAACUCCCCCCUGUCAUUGGCACAAAACCACCUCAGCUGCCCAUGAUAGGUAAGCUUCCAGCUGGAAACAGAGUUGGAGGACCUCGUAAAACUGAAAAUGAUGCACCAGUUGUGGCAAGUUUACUGGAUGUGUUGCCCGAGCAGCAAGAGAAGGCAUUGCCUGAAGACACUGCUUUGAUACCAGAACCUCCUGUGUCUACUGCAGAGCAGCUAGCUCCCGAAGCACCGGUGUGUUUUGAACCUCUUCCCCCGGUUAUUGAAGACAGCCCUGGGCCACAGCCUCUGGGUAUACCCUUCCCUCCUCAUCAUGGGAGAUUGAUACCCCCACCAACUGAUGCAGAGUUCUUUCACCCUGCACCUUAUCCAGCUAUUACAGUAGAUCCAGGUGCUGUGCGGCCAGAAGGGGAGGAUGAAGAAGAGGAAGAGGAAGAUGACGACGAUGGGUCCCUGGCUCCUUUAGAAAGUCAGCCCAUCACAUUCACCCCAGAGGAGAUGGAGAAGUAUAGCAAGUUGCAGCAAGCUGCACAGCAACAUAUUCAGCAGCAACUGAUGGCCAAGCAAGUGAAGAGUUUUCCUGCAGGAGCUAUACCGCAAGCAAUGCAACCUGCCACACAAGCUCUGCAGCAAAUUCACAUCCAACAAGCACCACCACAGCAAUCGGCCACUUCAAUCACUACUGUCCAGCAUGCAAUUCUGCAGCAUGCUGCAGCUGCAGCAGCUAUGGGUAUCCCACCUCACCACCACCAGGCCUUGGCACAGAUGCACCACAUCCACCAAUCACACUUGGCUCCCAUCUCCCUGUCUCACCUCACUCACUCCCUCAUCCCAGCUCACCCUGCAGCAUUCCUUGCCAGCCAUCCCAUACACAUCAUACCUGCUUCUGCUCUCCAUCAUGCAGGGCCCCUUACUCUCCACCAUGUACCACAUGCACUUUACCCUACUUUACUUGCUCCUCGACCAACCAGUGCUGCUGCCGCCACAGCUCUGCACCUGCAUCCCUUACUACAUCCUAUCUUCUCCGGCCAAGACCUGCAACACCCACCCAGCCAUGGCUCAUGAAAGGGACCCAAAGACAGCUUGAAUUUCCUACUGCGUGUUGGCACUUAAACAGGACAGAUGCACAUUAAUAUGUGCAAAAAUGCAUCUGUUUAAAACCUCAGAAUGCAAAAAAAAGUGUUAUUCAUGUCCUCUCCACAAGACUCAGUUUGCUGAAUAAGAGUAUGUGUCUAAAUCUCCAUCAUCACAGUUCUUUUCUCCUGAAGUUCUUGCGUUUGUGGGGUUUUGUUUUUCCAUUUUAUUUUGUCAGGUUUCAACUUGCGUUUUGAUAUUUUGUGUGGUUUUAUUUAUUUUUUUUUUAAAUUUGAAUGGAAUUUUUUUUUCUCUUUCUUCAGAACACUUUGACCUGGGUUGGUCUAAAAUCUGUUAGAUCAACCUGCUAAUUGACGUGCAAACAAACAUAACACCUUACGAUGGUAUCUGUGUAAGUCCAGCCCCAGCUCAGUAAAGUCUCACUGUUCCCCGAUGCCCCCCCAUCUUAUCCCCAUAACUUGAUGUCAGAGCAUAAAAUGUUAGUUAUGAAGGUGGAAAAGGACACACCUUAUUAAAAAUGUUUAAUAAGGUAUCUGCACUCUGUAUAAUAUUUUUUUUUCUUGCUGUAGUUGUACAAUAUUAUACUUCUGAAGGGCAAAACUUUAUAGUUUUCUGCUAGUUUGCAAAAAAAGAAACAAAUCUUUCAGCUGCUGUGGCAUGUAUAUUUUAUCAAAUUCUUUUUUUUUUUUGAUUGAAAAUUUCUAUGUAUGAUAAAUGUACAAAAGUAAUGAAACCCUUUGCGGAUUGCAAAAUAAAACAUGUAAUAUUGUAAGAGACUAAUAAAGAACAAAUGGUUUGUGUUAAA